AUGGCGGAAGGCGAGUUGAACGUUGACAGCCUCAUCUCCCGGCUACUAGAAGUGAGAAAUCGUCGAGGGAGGAUCGUCCAGAUGACGGAGGCUGAGGUGCGGGGGCUCUGCAUCGAGUCCAGAGAGAUCUUCCUCAGUCAGCCCAUCCUGCUAGAACUUGAGGCUCCGCUCAAAAUCUGUGGUGAUAUCCAUGGACAGUACACAGACUUGCUGAGGCUAUUCGAGAGGGGGGGUUUCCCUCCCGAGGCCAACUAUCUGUUCCUGGGGGACUACGUGGACCGAGGGAGACAGUCCCUGGAGACCAUCUGCCUGCUGCUGGCCUACAAGAUCAAAUACCCAGUAAACUUCUUCCUGCUCAGGGGGAACCACGAGUGUGCUUCCAUCAACCGCUUGUUCGGCUUUUACCACGAGUGUGUACGCAGGUUCAACGUAAGGCUCUGGAACACAUUCAAUGAGUGUUUUAAUUGCCUGCCCGUAGCUGCCAUUAUCGAUGAGAAAAUCUUCUGCUGCCAUGGAGGUCUCUCUCCUGAUCUGCAGUCCAUGGAACUGAUUCGAGGCAUUGUGAGACCGACUGACGUCCCUGAGACAGGCUUGCUGUGCGACCUGCUGUGGUCGGACCCAGACACGGACGUGCAGGGAUGGGGGGAGAACGAUCGGGGAGUUUCCUACACCUUCGGGGCCGACGUGGUCCACGAGUUCCUCAUCCGCCACGACCUGGAUCUCAUCUGCCGAGCACAUCAGGUCGUUGAAGAUGGCUACGAGUUCUUUGCCAACCAGCAGCUGGUGACGAUCUUCUCUGCCCCCAACUACUGCGGGGAGUUUGACAACGCCGGCGCCAUGAUGAGUGUGGACGAGUCUCUGAUUUGCACCUUUCAGAUUCUGGAGCCGGCCAGGCACCAGUACGGAGGGGUGAACGCGGGACGCCCCGCUAGCCCCCGUCGCACACCUCCGGCAACAAGGAGGAAGUGAGCGUCUGCCUCCCCCCUGACUCUCCUGCUCCUCCCCUGGCUGGUCUCUGGCCCGAGUCCCUGCAGGCUACCUCCAUCCCUCCAGCCUCCUCUCAGUAAACUCGUUUGUGUGUAAACAUUA